AUGGCAUUGGCGCUGGUGGCUGCAUCAGCUUCCCUUGUGUCUGUUGUGUACUUGGGGCAGCAAGGUUACCACAUGGUGGCAGUAGUGGCACCAGCAGCUGCAACUCCCUCCCUCAUGUCUGUGGUAUCCUUGGCAGCAGAGGGAUUAACUUGUGGGGGUGGCAGUGGCUCAGGCAUCUGCAUCUGCCUGUCUCAUUCUUGGCUGCUUAUGAUUCAGCAGACAGAACAACUUAGUAGGAUAAUGAAGACACAUGCAGAGGACCUAAACUCUGGACCUUUGCACAGGCUCACCAUGAUGAUCAAGGACAAGCAGCAGGUGAAGAAGAGUUAUAUAGGCGUUCAUCAGCAGAUAGAGGCAGAGAUGAUCAAGGUUACAAAGACAGAAUUGGAGAAAUUAAAAUCCAGCUAUAGGCAAUUAAUAAAAGAAAUGAAUUAUGCCAAAGAGAAAUAUAAAGAAGCUUUAGCUAAAGGGAAGGAAACUGAAAAGGCCAAGGAACGCUAUGAUAAAGCCACAAUGAAACUUCAUAUGUUACAUAAUCAGUAUGUAUUGGCAUUGAAAGGGGCACAGCUUCAUCAGAAUCAGUAUUAUGACACUACACUUCCUCUGCUUCUGGACUCCUUACAAAAGAUGCAAGAAGAGAUGAUAAAAGCACUAAAAGGUAUAUUUGAUGAGUACAGCCAGAUAACCAGUCUUGUUACAGAGGAAAUAGUGAAUGUCCACAAAGAGAUUGAAAUGUCAGUUGAACAGAUAGAUCCUAGUACAGAAUACAAUAAUUUCAUAGAUGUUCACAGAACAAUGGCUGCUAAAGAAGAUAUUGAGUUUGAUAUUUCCUUAUUAGAAGAAAAUGAAAAUCUUCAGGCAAAUGAAAUCAUGUGGAAUAAUUUAACAGCAGAAAGUUUGCAAGUAAUGUUGAAAACUUUAGCAGAGGAACUUAUACAGACACAGCAGAUGCUUUUAAACAAGGAGGAGGCUGUCCUGGAGCUAGAGAAGAGAAUUGAAGAAUCUUCUAAGAGCUGUGAAAAGAAGUCUGAUAUUGUGCUUCUGCUAAGCCAAAAACAGACACUUGAAGAGCUGAAACAGUCAAUCCAGCAGCUGAGAUGCACUGAGGCAAAGUUUGCAGCACAGAAAGAAUUACUAGAGCAAAAAGUACAAGAAAAUGAUGGGAAAGAGCCACCUCCAGUUAUAAAUUAUGAAGAAGAUGCACGAUCAGUUACAUCUAUGGUCCUAUUAAACUUGUUUGUAAAUGCAAAUAGACUUGUCAGUCACCUCAGGUCACCUGGAGAGCACUUUCAGGAACCACCUGUAGAGUCAGAGGAAAAAGCUCUUCUCUUGCCUUCAAAACUGAAAAGAAAGACUGCAAUUGUUUUUAUUCCUGGGAGACAGCAGGAAG